AUGUCCCAGUCUCGAAUACUUUCCACCCAGCCUUUCAAGGGUAUCUAUGUCACUUAUUCACUACUUGGUCUUGUACUCGUUCGUGUGCCAUACUGGACAGUAUGCAACUUACUCUCUUCAUGGCGUCCAAGGAAAUCAUGGUCCCUCGCCCGAUGUCUCCAAGUCAAUUUUGUUCGAUUCAUGAUGAUAAAACUCGGUGUAACUGUUGGAGGAUUGGAACAUACUCCAACUCACAAGGCAUUAGAAUUAGGAAAGGGUGUGGAAGGUAUAUGGAUUGAUGGUACACCCGAGCUCAUUACAGGCGAUCUCAAGAAAUGGGCAGACAUUGCUGGCGUCGAACCUGUCAAGAUUCCAGGUUAUUGGGAACACAAGCCCGGCACGAGAGUUACCAUGGGCGAACUUCCAUAUUCAGGUGAAAAAGUACUUCUUGCACUCCACGGAGGUGGGUAUAUCAUGAUGUCUGCUCAUCCAUCGUGUGUCACCUCGGGGGUUCAACGAAAGAUAAUGGAGCACUCCUUCAUUCGUCGAGCGUUUUCUGUUGAGUAUCGUCUUGCCGCGCCUGGAGAGAACCCGUUUCCGGCUCAGUUAAUUGAUGCACUUGCUGGAUACGCCUAUCUCGUUCGUACAGUCGGUUUUAAGCCGGAGGAUAUCAUACUCGUCGGGGACUCAGCAGGUGGAAACCUCGCACUUGCGCUCACGCGAUAUCUCGUCACCCACGCCUCAUCCCUCGAUCCACAACUCGCGAUACCGGGUGGGAUGAUCCUCCUUUCGCCAUGGGUCGACCUCACAACUUCACAUCUCACACCAGGGUCCUCUACUUCCUCAUCCCUCCACCUAACGAUCGCCUUCGUAGGUCCUCACGGAUCCGAGUUUCUCGCUCAUCCAUAUAUCUCUCCUGCAACACGUCUCAACCCGGACAUAAGCUUCGAAGACUUCCCGCGCACUUUAAUCGUCCUGGGCGACGCAGAGAUUUUCGCUGAUGCUAUGCGUACACUUAGGGAGUAUAUGGUGGAGGAUAUGGGCACGGAGGAGGUUAGGUUGUAUGAAGCGAAAGAUGCGUUCCAUGAUUUUAUGGUUUUUGAUUUCUGUGAACCGCAGAGGACGCAGGCUGCAAUUGUAAUUGCAAAGUGGAUCAAGGCGCUCUAA